AUGAAAAAGAAAAGGCCAAGAGAUCGGUUUUGGAUCGUGACCGUGCCAAUUCCCCACGACUCAGCUCGUGGCGGUGGAGCGCGCCUGCAGCUCGUUCGAUUCUCGUUCGAUGCUCGGCUAGCGAAUAAGCAAGGACAAUUUUCUGGCCCAACACCAAAGAGCAUCAUACCAGGGGUCCAGUCCGCUGGCCAAACAGUCGCCGCUCUGCCAGCCAAGUCUUCUGCACAGCGACCCAAGCUUCCAUUCACUGGAUUGAAUUUUAUAACAAACCUUGAUAGAGAGAUUGUCAGAACCCUUAGCCCCGCCACUCGCGUUAACGAUCAAGCUCGGGGAAGUGCAAACGAAGAUGGCAGUGCUUCUGCGCACUUUUCUCAUGGAAGCGAUCACGACGAGUCAGAGCGUGAAAAUGCCACGCACCCAGCGGAUAGUCUAUGCGAUGACCGCCAGCAGUCUGUUCCGUUCGACAUCGACUUCUGCAGUCCGCCACCUAGAACGUGCGACAAGCGAAACGUUGCUCCGUUGCCAUUGGAGCGGCAUGACAGGCCCUCCUCCGGCGUGAACAAGGACACUUCUGAUACUGUCGACAAUCCCCCAAGCCAUGGCAAGACGAUUCAUCGGAGGCAAUCUCAGACUUGCCUCGAUGUCGAGAGAUCAGCUCCUCACCGCACGCACUCGCGCACCAGCAAUGUCUCUCGUAAAAGACAAUCCGGUCCGGCCGAUUAUCAAACCUCUGAGCCGGAUCGAAAGCGUCUUGCCAUGAGCGAGGCAGUUAAAUAUUGGAACGAAUUAAUACAAAUUUCAACAGAAGAGUCUGAACGAGCCAGGGCUACCAUAUACAGUCUGGAGAAGAAGCUGCAACGUCAGGCGAAUGAGCUCGAGGCAGCAAAGAGUGCACUAAAGACAGGCGACACUAGCCUCGAAGCAUUGGAAAAACAGUAUCAAGACUUACAGGCAAGGGAUAGUCGAUCCUCGGAGAACGAAAAGGGCCUACAGGUCAAAUUCAACGAGCUAAGUGUUGAUUACGAAAAAUUACGGUCCCAAGUGAAGGAAACCGCAGCUAAAUACAGAAGCUGCGAGGAAAAGCUAGAAAGUGCCAUUUCCGAACAGCAAAAUCUUUCUAAAAGUUCGAGAAAUAUUUACGACAAUCUAAACGCUCAGAUGAAACAGGAUGAGGCGCGAGGAAAAGCCAAUGCUGAGGCGGUGGAGAAGGCGCUUCAAGCGAGUCAGCAGAAGCGUGAUGAGCUCAAGAAAUUUGUUGAACAUAUCCAACACGACUUUCAGCACCAGAAAUCUCAAUAUGAAAACAAGAUCAGAUCUCUGCAGCAAGAGAAUGAGUCCCAGGGUGAUCAAUUAGAUGUUCUCGAGGAGGAAAAGGAGAUGGUUUACAGUGAAAUGAUUUCGAAUCGAUGUACAAAAGCAUGCAUUGAGAGUGUCGACUCUAAAUUGAGUGGCUUUGUCACCCAGCUUCGAGCUCUGGAUGCAUCUCAGGAUACCGCAGCCAUCGAGCUCAGAAAUGUGAAGACAAGGGUCGAAGAUCUGCCAGGCAGCCGUGAUUUUGCAAAGCUGAAGGAGCAGGUCUCAGGAUCACAUACCAAGGUCAGCGACUUGGAAAGAGUCAUAAAAGAGAGCAUCUUACCCGCAAUUGAGAGCAUCGCUGCGAAGCAGUCUGAAUCUCAGGCGUCUGUGGAUUCGUUAGCAUCGGUAUCCCAAGGAGGAUUAGCAAAGCUCCAGGAGCAGAUCCAGACCCAUGCUAUCGACUUUGGGAAAACAGUCAAAACCAGCAACGAGUCCCAUGCAAGGGUUUUUGACUUGCUCACAUUGAUAUCUGCGGCCAACGAGGAUGUUUCAAGUAGAGUGGAGGCUGCGAAUAGCCGCCUGGAGAGUCUCGUGGACGGGAUUUCUUCUCAAGGUAUUCUCGGCAAAAGGAUCGCGACUAUAUUGGAAUCGACUCAAGGUCUGUCUGAGAGUAACGAAAAAAUUGCGUCAGCCCAAGAGAAGGCUCAAGAAGAGGCACAGCAACUGCAUGAAGCGCUUGCCGUGAAAAUUGAUGUGCAGUCCUCAGAUCUCGAUACCGCCACCCAAGGACUAGUCACUGACUUGAAGCCUUUCGAAACGUAUCUAGCAGCUCUCAAGGCCAAACUCACUCCAGAAGACCCUCGACCAGGCACCAGCAGCAAAUCCGCUUCAAUCAGCCGUAAAAUGCUGCAAGAUGUUGAAGCCCUACGAUCAAACUUGGGGCAGGUUGAGUCGCAGCUUUCGAAAAUUGAUGACGUACCCUUGUCACUUCAAAAGAUAUACGACUUGAGCCUCCUGAUCCAAGAGACUUCGAAAUACAUGGAUAAAGAAGAGCGGUGGGUCCACCAAACAAUGGUUGACCGAGUACUUCAUUCAGAAGGACCCGGAAGUACGGAUAAAUCAGCAAGCCAAACAUCCAGUAGCGAGUCAUCUGCAUCUGCGAGCAUCGACUUUGGAUCCAUCAGUCAAGAAAGCCAUAGCGAGGACUCGUGCGAGAGUCAAAUUCGAAAGGUGAUUGUGCAUAGCCCGAGGCCUGAAGAGGAUUCGCCGAUCCGAGUUACCACGGCUCAAGAGCAGCGACGCAGAAGAGAGUCUGCAAAGCCAAGACCCAUCUUGAAACAGUCGCAGAAUCAAGCCGGCGCGGCAAAGACUCCAGCUGCUCUGGUUCGCAGCGGCUUCCACACGGCGGAAGAGGUUAUUGAAGAUAUUCGCUCAGCUUUGAUCCAGUCUCCAUCGUCACGUCGGACGACUGGACUCACACCUAUGACGGAGUAUUUGAGGCAGAUCAAAGCUACGUAUGGGAGAUCGGGUGUUAUGCUUGGAGACUUGGCAGAUGCGGAGCCGGCAGCGUGUCAGGCCGCUACAGCUGUAAGCAUCACAGCAGCAGUCUGA